AUGGAGAGUGGUUUGAAGAAGUUAUGGACUCGACGGAAGAGCAAAGGGAACGAGGGAAGACAGGAGUCGAGAGUGGGCAGUCUGAGAAAGAUCCAGAGCACCGAGCACAUCCUCCGGUCAAUCACUACAAGCCCGGGCUCAAACCACACCCGGACUACCUCGACAGACAAUCAAUACAAGCCAAGUGUCAGUCACAGGGCUCAGUCUGCGCUGGGUGGUGGUAUCGCAAGACCCUCAACCUCUUGGUCACGACCUGGCACGGAUGGAAGCGGCAGUUUAAUGAACGCCGUCACUCGAGCGGCUGACUCCGUUGCCAAAGCAGAGCAAGAAUAUCAGUAUCCUGCAGAUAGAUACCCAAAAGACCAGGUCCGACCCAAAACCCCUCGCUACGUCGACAUCUUCUCCCUCUCAACCUCAAAUAGCCCAAUCCUCAGACCUGGGUACAAUGAGGACGUGGCCGAACGGAACUUGGAUUUGGCUCGAGUUGCUCUCGAAGGCACUCACGAGUAUGUACCUUCUUCCAAAUUCCAAGAAGAAGUUGCCGCCAGGAAUGCAUAUCCUAAUCUCCCUGGAAGCGGUAGCGUUGAUAGCUCCCCGUCUGCCCAUCAAAGUGGGUUUCAUGGCAGCCAGUCGCCUGUUCAGAUGAGAGGGAUAUCUAGCCCUGCGAGCAGCCACCCGCGGUCGCCGCAAAAACCUGUGGAGCGGCCUUUUCCCCGACAUACUCAAAAUAUCCACAAUUCGAUCGGGACGCAUUCCCGACAACAAAGUCAUCAAUCUUGGGAUUCUCAAGGACAGUUGCACGAAUUGCCGGCUUCAAGACAUAGUACGGAAGACCCCCGUCAAACACAAUCACUUGCGAGCCCCGCAACGACACUAGCGAGCAGUUCUCACGAGCCUAUGCUGGCUCAUGGCCAUCCUGGACAUCUUAGCAGGGGUUCGGGAGACUUCCAGGCUCCCGUCUUUCCCAAUGGUGCUCUCAGCAGCUAUCAACUUUCGACUUCAGAAGUGACGCAAGUGAAGUCUAAUGAACCAUUUCCAUUGCACCGUCAGGGAAUUGUCACCUCUCCAGACCACUCUACGGAUUCACAAGGCCAUAGUUAUUCGGUGCGGUCGCCCUCAAACUUAAGCAACGCGUCUUCCGUGAAGCGCACAAUCAACCUCCCCAAUCGAACAAUUAUGGAUUUGACCGGUAAUGAUUCAGAGGUUUUCUCUGAAGGCUCUCCUCCGUCAAACUACAGCUCUUCUCCCGUCCUAGAACAUGCGAAAGUUGAUACAAUGCGGAAAGGACAGGGAGUCGCUACGUUCGGGCCGUCUACAGAAGACGGGGAAACCGACAUCGAGUUGACCCAGGCAACAAACCAUUCACCUAUUAGGGGGGAACAGCCAGCUGCUGCUGAUGUUCCACAAUCUCUUCAACCACAGCCAGAGUCACAUUCAGAACAGCCCAGGUCAGAAAACCCUCCUGCUCGUUCUCAUUUUGCCAUCGGUUUUUCACCCAUUACCACUAUUGCAUCCGCAUCGCCUCGAGCAAGCGUUAUUUUGGAAGCGCCAAAUACAUCUGACAAGACAGAGGAAACUCAAACCAGCUCUAAACCGGUCGAAUUGCAAAACGACCAGGAUGUCGCCGGGGUAGCUGCACACCCAGGGCAGCAUGUGCAGCGCAACGAGCGCAGCCCUGAUCAUCCUUCGAGGAACAAGGUCAAAGAGAUCGAGAAACAAACAUCGAGACCGAAGAUAGAGAGUGGAAACGAAACUAUCGCUGGAGCCGAUAGUGGGAAGUCCGUCGAGCCUGAAAUACAAGAGGCACCAGCAAUUCCGCCAUUCGAGCCCGACCAUGAUAUUGAUCCGCUGUCAUCGCCUCGUCCAUACAUUCACAUGCCUCCAGAGAGUCUCAACUCGAUCGAACCUGUUGAUCCAGUUCGUCCCUCCAGCGUGAGCACAAGGGAAUUUGCAAACACUCCUAGCAGAUCAAUGCUGACAAGUGUUCCCGAAGAAGUAGAAGUCAAGAGCAACGGCCACGCAAAGCCGCCAAGGAAGUUCGUGACUAGGACACGACCAACAGGCAGUCAUCUGUACAUUGACGAUGACUUUUCCGAGGAUCAAAUUCGCUCUAUUCCCGGGUACCAAUCGACCUUUGACGAAAGAGAAUAUGCUCAAAAGCAAGCCGAUGCUCGCGCAGCUCUCAUUCGACUUCAACAUAGUUUGAACGAGGAAUUUCUUACACAGCCAUCCCCUCCGCCAGAGUCGCCAUCAACCAGAUACAACCCUCCGAAACAUAGUUACUCCUUCAGCGAUGGGAAGCCAGUCGCACCGUCUUCCAUCUUUUCACAGGUCAGACACUCACCUACCCCGGCAGAUGCGAUCGGCGAGGCUGACACACGGUUUGAGGAUGGUAGAACGGAGACACCUUACCAUCAUUUGACGACAGUGUCACACGAAAGGGAGGCUGGAAAGGCUCGGAGAAAGAGAUCAACCCGUAGUGCCGCUGCAUCCCAAGAGCCUUAUGAGAAGGGAAAACAGAGAGCUGAAUCAGAGCUCAACGGGCCUGGUCCGUCCAUCAUCAAUGAUCUGGAGAGUCCGAAGCCACCUCUACACCUGCCGCCCCCCCUUCGCCUCAACGGCCAUCCUAUCAAUCAUCACCUGCAAUAUCAACCACCAAGUCCAGGCGAGGUCUCUCUAUCAAACUUCCCAAUACCUGUGUCUUCUCCCCGGCAAUCAUUCAUUCGACCAUCAGUAGCUGACGACGCUGAGAGGCAACAAACUCCGACUCCAACCCAACAGCACGCACCUCAGCACCCGCUGGCUGGUAGCGCCGCUGGGAUGAAAGAACGCAUCCUGCGCCGGCAAGCUAGCCAACGGAGUCAGGCAAGCGGCGGCUCGGCGUUUAGUAUUCCUUUUCAUAUGAUCCCGGAUCGAUCGAGUAGCAGACGAGAUCGGUCAGUGAUGGAGGCCGACGAUUAA